UGCCGCGCAGCUCCGGACCUGUGCGGUGUUUGCUCUCUGCUCUCGCGUCCCCUCCGUCCAGCCGCCAUGAUAAGCGCCAGCAGAGCCGCGGCCGCGCGUCUUGUGGGCGCCGCAGCCUCCCGGAGUCUGGCGGCCGCCCGUCACCAGGAUGGCUGGAAUGGUGUUAGUCAUGAAGCUUUUAGAUUUGUUUCAAGAAGAGAUUAUGCAUCAGAGGCAAUUAAGGGUGCAGUUGUUGGCAUUGAUCUGGGUACUACCAACUCCUGUGUGGCGGUUAUGGAGGGCAAACAAGCAAAGGUCCUGGAGAAUGCUGAAGGUGCCAGAACUACGCCUUCUGUUGUUGCUUUUACAGCAGAUGGAGAACGACUUGUUGGCAUGCCAGCAAAGCGACAGGCUGUCACCAACCCAAACAACACCUUCUAUGCUACUAAGCGUCUGAUUGGGCGUCGCUAUGAUGACCCUGAAGUACAGAAAGACACCAAAAAUGUUCCCUUUAAGAUUGUCCGUGCCUCUAAUGGUGAUGCCUGGGUUGAGGCUCAUGGGAAACUCUACUCUCCUAGUCAGAUAGGAGCAUUUGUUUUGAUGAAGAUGAAAGAGACUGCGGAAAAUUACUUGGGUCACACAGCAAAAAAUGCUGUGAUCACAGUCCCUGCUUAUUUCAAUGACUCACAGCGACAGGCCACUAAGGAUGCUGGCCAGAUAUCUGGGCUAAAUGUACUUAGAGUGAUUAAUGAACCUACAGCUGCUGCCCUGGCGUAUGGUCUGGACAAAUCCGAAGAUAAAGUCAUUGCGGUAUAUGAUUUAGGUGGUGGAACCUUUGAUGUUUCUAUCCUGGAAAUUCAGAAAGGAGUGUUUGAGGUGAAAUCCACCAAUGGGGAUACUUUCUUGGGCGGUGAAGACUUUGACCAGGCUUUGUUACGUCACAUUGUCAAGGAGUUCAAGAGAGAGACAGGGGUUGAUUUGACCAAAGACAACAUGGCACUUCAGAGGGUUCGGGAAGCUGCUGAGAAGGCUAAGUGUGAACUCUCCUCCUCUGUUCAGACUGACAUCAACUUGCCAUAUCUUACAAUGGAUGCUUCUGGACCCAAGCAUUUAAAUAUGAAGGUAACUCGAGCUCAGUUUGAGGGCAUCGUUGCAGAUCUAGUCAAGAGGACUAUUACUCCAUGCCAGAAGGCGAUGCAAGACGCAGAAGUCAGCAAGAGUGACAUAGGAGAAGUGAUUCUGGUUGGUGGCAUGACGAGGAUGCCCAAGGUUCAGCAGACUGUACAAGAUAUUUUUGGCAGAGCCCCAAGUAAAGCUGUGAAUCCUGAUGAGGCUGUAGCCAUCGGAGCUGCCAUUCAGGGAGGUGUGCUGGCUGGAGAUGUCACAGAUGUGCUGCUCCUGGAUGUCACUCCCCUCUCUCUGGGUAUUGAGACUCUGGGAGGUGUUUUUACUAAACUUAUUAAUAGGAACACCACAAUUCCAACCAAAAAGAGCCAGGUAUUUUCUACCGCUGCUGAUGGACAAACUCAAGUAGAGAUUAAAGUGUGUCAGGGAGAGCGAGAGAUGGCUACAGACAACAAACUUCUAGGACAGUUCACUUUGGUUGGAAUUCCCCCAGCCCCUCGUGGAGUCCCUCAGAUUGAAGUUACAUUUGACAUUGAUGCCAAUGGUAUUGUACACGUUUCUGCCAAAGAUAAAGGAACAGGACGUGAACAACAGAUUGUGAUCCAGUCUUCUGGUGGAUUAAGCAAAGAUGACAUUGAAAAUAUGGUUAAAAAUGCAGAGAAGUAUGCUGAGGAAGACCGGAGAAAGAAGGAACGCGUUGAAGCAGUUAAUAUGGCUGAAGGAAUUAUUCAUGACACAGAAACCAAGAUGGAAGAAUUCAAGGAUCAGUUACCUGCUGAUGAGUGCAACAAGCUAAAGGAAGAGAUUUCCAAAAUGAGAGAACUGCUUGCGCGGAAGGACAGUGAAACGGGAGAAAACAUUAGACAGGCAGCAUCUUCACUUCAGCAGGCAUCACUGAAGCUCUUUGAGAUGGCAUAUAAAAAGAUGGCAUCUGAACGGGAAGGUUCUGGAAGUUCUGGUACUGGGGAACAGAAGGAAGACCAGAAGGAGGAGAAACAGUAACAGUGGCAAGGCAUUGAGAGAAGAGGCCAGAAGGACAACAUGAAGCUUGGGAGUAAAGGGACGUCCUGAGCAGAAAAGGGUCAAACUUCAGUCUUUACUGUGUUUUUGCAGUAACCCAUAUAAUUUCCUUAAUAAAUAUAUGUAGUGAAAAUUAGCUAACUCAUUUUAAUGGGUGGUAAUUCAGAAGUAGCAGUUCAUACCAUUCUGUCACUAGCCGGUUAGUUUCAGCCACGUGUAAAGGGGUGGGGUGGGACUGCAUACCAAUCAUUAUUAAGAUAUAUCUGGUUUGUGCUGAAGGGGCCAUAUUUUCAAAGUGUGAAACCCAGUAGUCUUGUCAUGGACCUUGGAUUGUAUGUAGAUCUUGGUUGGCCAACAGGACUGCUAUAAAGAAUGGUCUAUUUGUAUAUGAGGCGAUCCUUCAACAGGCCUUGCAAGACUAAGCUACCUGUGCCAUGCAUGGUUUGUUGGUACAGAAGCUAAGCCAGCUGUUAGCCAUGGCUUACAGAGAUGCAGGAUAGUGAUGAAGUCUUUUGUGGUCCUAAGCCAUACUUUCCAAGCUACCCUCUUGGUUGGCCUGUAUCUGGCACUAUAUCCUUGGUGAUCAUUCUUUUAAUCCAUUUUGGAGGUUUUUUUUUUUUUAAUAAAAUUCUAAAAACUUCUUGA